AGUUAUGUCAUAUACUUAGAUUAUUACAAAAAUUAAUAUUAUAUAGUGUAAUAACUUUUAUACUAUCGCUUAUACGGUAACAUCUUCCACAGUGUUGCAAAGAUUUUUCAGAUCUGAAUAGGAUUUUCUAGGUUAUGUUUGAAGAAUUAAACAAUUUAAAAGAGUAUUUUCGAUAAAAAUUAUAGCAAUAUAAACUGAGAUUGAAAUGUGAUUAUGUUAAAUGAUUUAUAUAACUGGACAGAAUCUAUGGAUUUGUAGUAAUCUAUGGAUUUAAAAUUAUUGCAAAAUAUUAGUGCUAAUAUUAAUAUACUUGUCAUUAUGUUUUCGUAUAUGUAAUAUCAGAGUUGAUAAUACAAAAAUGAAUAGCAUUAUCUUUUGUUUACUGUCAGUAGAGAUUUUUAAUCAUAUUUCCUCGUCUUUGAGAAAUAUUGUUAUUUAACCUUUUUAAUUUAACGAUGAAUUUUGAGGACGAUACGCAGAAAGUUCGACGUUUAUUUUUGGACGAAGCUCUUGCAAAGGGAAUCCAACAAAACGAGGAACAGUGCAAAAUAUGGACAACUUACAAGAAGGGUCAUCAGAAAGUUGCAGAAACGUUGCAAACUUUCCAGAAGGAUUUAUAUGUAAACUGUAUGGUGCCAAUUGGAAAACGAGCACUAAUGAAAGGCAAAUUGAUUCACACAAAUGAAAUACUUGCCUGCUUGGGUGAUGGAUACUUCGCAAAGUAUAGUGCUUCAGGCGCAGCUGCCCUUUGUGAAAGAAGAAUACAAAAAGCUGAAGAAAUGCUAAAGAACUUAAACAAAGAAAGAGAUUUGUAUGAAACUAGGAUGAUGAUGAUAGAAAACAAUCUUUUUGAAGAUUAUGCUGGUGGAGAAAUUGUGGAACAUUGGAAUGAAGAUCAAAUUACAGAAUGGAAGAAAAAACACAGAGAAAGGGAAAGAGAGUAUCAUCAGAAAUUAGCCAAACUUAGACAGGAAGACAGGAAAAAGAUAGAGACAGAAGAUGAUUUAUUUAAUAGGCUUGAUCAGCUUGAAAUUGAAGAAGAAUUAGCAGAUGAAUUAAAUAGAUUAGGAGAUAAAGCAUAUGAACUUUUUGGAGCAGAAGAAUUGGAAGAAGGACAAUGUUAUUAUGAAUCUGAAAGUUCCUCUAAUAGUGAGGAAGAAGAAAAAGAAGAUGAUUCUAAGGAAGAUAACAAACAAGUUCCUGAUUCUGAUACAUAUCAACAUAAAGUCAAAACUUGUAAAGUUAAGAAAUUGGUUUCAUUCGCAGAACCAGAAGAUCUUUCAAGAAAAGAAAAAGAAAAUUUGAUGAAAGAAAAGGAGAAAGAUUUUGAAGAAGAUAUUCUUCGGAUAGAAUUCACUCACUCUAAAAAUAAAUCGGUUACAAAAUCGAAUGGAGAUUCGAUAGAAACACCUGCAGAUAUUUAUAGAUUACUUUCUAAACCUAAAUCUAUCUUGAAAAGAUCACCAAAUGAUUUGCCUCCUGAGCAGUCUGCUCCACUAGAAUAUAGCACAGAAGACGAGGGUGAAGAAGACGAGGACACUGUUAAACCUUCAGUUUAUGAAAUUGUAGUGAAAGAUAUCAAAGAGAAGAACACGCUAAAAGUUACAAACGAAGCUGUAGAAAAGAUGGAAAAGAGUACCAAUGCUAGGCCUGUUAGUAAAUUCAAACGAGAGCGUCAACGAAGACAGUGACAUGUAUAUAAUUAAAUAAUUGUUUUGAUAUAUUUUUUCAAUAACAAUUUUUAAAAUACUUUAUUAAUCCAAAGUUAUUAAUUUUUUAUUAGGAAUAUAUAAUUAUUCAAGAGCAUAUAAUAGUUAUUCAAUCUGAGGAAUAUAAAAAGUGUAACUUGAGAAUGAAUUAAUGAAGAAAUUAUUUUUCAUUUUUAACCUUGAGAUCUUGAUCUAUUGUAAAUACUCAUUUGCGAUAGGAAAUUGCGACAUUUUUGUUAGGAUACCAAUUAUUGUGACGAUACACUUGGAGAGGCAAAUAUAUAUUGUCAACUUUCUAUAGUACAUAUCCUAUAGAUAGGAUAUUGAUAGGACCUAAUUCAAAUUUGGCGCUGUUUGCCUCUAUUGUGGUUAGCUAAUGAUGAAUUUCGUAACAUAAGUACGUAGUUAGUAAUGAUCACGUUUUCUUGUUAGGUAAGAUUACUUCUAUAAUUUCGCAUAAUCUUUCUAAACUUUAAUAACCUUAAAUAGUGAAAGUGCAGAAUAAAACUUUACAUGAAAAGGAUUA